AUGUCUACACCAAGGGAUAAUGCUAUUGAACCAGAUCAUGAAGACUCUGGAAUAAGAGACCUGGAGAAGAAGUUGCAAGAAGUGGGCCUGGAUCCCCAGUACUGGCUAUCUAAGCUGCAGGAAUGCUUGGAUGUGACCUCUGUCCAAGCCUUACAGCACCUAGAACAGAAGGAAGUUCUGACACUGAAAUCAGAGGCCAAACAUCAAUGGGAGAAACGGGCAUUAGAAAAACUUCUUCAGCUGUCCAGCACUCAGGGAUCAGAGGAGAUGCAAGAGAAGCACUGGGUGACAGUGAAGAAGAGACAAGAGAGAGCACAGUCAGUCUUGAUAGAACUGAAGGAGUUGCAGGUGGCAGGUAAAAGUCGCCAAGAGGAGAUUGUGAGGAGGAAAGAAGAAGAGCUGAGGCAGGCCAUGGAGAUCCCACCAGAGUACUGGCCAAUCACUAAGAAACCCCUAACAGAGGUCAUAGAAAAUAUGGAGAGAAACCUCAGUCUCAUGGAAGGCACUCUCUCCAAGAGGGAGAAUUUUCCUGACCAGGAGCUCCUGAAACGAGUGUCAGGUGGCCUAGCCCUGCAGGGGAUUUACCAAACUGGCCAGCCUGAGGAUCUUUUGGAGAGGAGAGAAGAACUGCUCAGUCUCCCAGAGAACAUCUUUCUGCUCAGCCCAGAACAGGGGACACGGAUGGAAACCAAGGAAUUUUCAUCUUCUCGUGAAGAGUCACUGUUUACCCAAAGCAUGGAGAAAUUGGGUUUUACUGUUAGCUUUUUGGCCAAGGGUGGAGGCUGGGGAUGGAACCUGGAAUCCAGCACUAAUUAUACCAGAUCUUCUGACUCCAGAGAGGUCCACAGGAGACACUCUGAGAACACUUAUAGCUGCCUCACCAGGUUCUGUUACAUCCCACUGGCUUGCUGCCACUUUGCACAAGAUCAGCUCUAUCUUAGCAGGUCAGCUCUGCAAGAGUUGAAACAGUUAGAGAAACUUCUGAUCUACUCCAAUGGUUCAGAAACUCAAGUACUGAAGCGUAGAUGUGAGGCAUUUUUCCAAAGGUUUGGCUCUCAUGUGAACCAGGGUCCAUUGCAUUUGGGAGGAAUAUUCUGGUGGAAAGCUGUAACAGAAGGCUUCAGGUCAGAGGAGCUGCAUGAUGUGAAGAAACAAGCCUCAGAGGCACUUGAUGUAUAUAUUGGAGGCAGCUACUCUGGUUUUGGGGUGAGGGUUGCAGCCGGAACGAAUAUAUCAAACUCUCAAUCUCAAAUGUCUUCUCACAAUACAAAUUCCAUUAAUUUGCAAGGAAGAUUCCAAUUGUCUGUGUUCCAAACAGGAGGCCCCCCAGAGGUAGAUUCUCUUCCACAAUGGAAAGCUGGUCUUGUGGCUAGCAACUGCACCUGGUGUGUCAUUGACAGAGGUUAUCAGUUAGUGCCUGUCUGGGAUAUAAUUCUGUCUAACCAUAGACAAGAUUUUCAGGAUCCCCUUCAAUUGACUCACUGCCUCACAGACACUUAUACAGCCUUGACUGGCCUACAUGCAAGGACCCAGGAUGGAGAGGAAUUACUGAGUGCAAUCGAUGAUGCAAAGUCUUUUUUAGAAGAAGUAGAAUCCUGGGAAAUCUCUGAACUUCAGGAGAAGUUGAAGAAAAUAAUGAAUUUCAUGCAAAAGCUGAGUGAGAAGACCAGGAACUAUGACCCUUGGAUUAAUAUCUGUCUCAAAAACCCAUCUCUGCAACAGUUCUUGGUGGACAUUGUCAACUUUUACAAGGAUUCCAAAAUUCAGGAAGUCAAAUUCAUUAAAUCUCAGUUGCGUAGCCUUCUGUAUCCUCAUGUCUAUCAAGUGAAAGACUUCCCACAGAGUCACACAAUCAUGCAGUGGAUUUUCCACCCAGCAAAGCAACAACAACAUAUACAUGUUACAGAAUUUGAUGAUUUCAUUGAACUCUUAGAAAGGGAAAAGAAUGGCCUUCUUGAAAUAAAUCCUAACUUAGAGUUCUUGGGAAAGAUGGAAGAAGCUCGAAGAAAGGCCACGUAUAAGAUCAGUUCAUUUCUCAGCUCCUUUCUCAAGGCCUUGAAACAGUCAGGAGAGUCAGGCACAUACCUACUGUUACUUUCCAUUGCAGUUGGUGCAGGGUACAAGGAGAAAAACGAAACCUUUCAUUGUCUCCUAGGAUGUGAAGACUUAAAUUUCCUGUUAUGUGAAAUGAAAGAAGCCCAUGAAAAAUACCAGAACCUUAAUAGGAAAUAUGCCUAUAUGGCUCAGGCAUUCCUUCUGUUCACAGGACUCACAGUUACCACUCGUCCUAUUUCUGUGUCUUCAGAAGAAAAGAAGCAACGUUUGGAGCUCAUGCAAUCUCACAUGGGACAGUCAUGGUCCAAAGAAGUCCUUCAUAUACUCUCAAAACCCAGGGCAGGUCAUGAUUGGGAAACUCUGGAGAAAGACUUGAAUUUCCUCAUCCGUGGAGAAUAUGAAGCUACAUUGAACUGUUUACAGAUGGACCAGGUGAAAAAAGAACUGGAAAGUAUCUCUCAGAGAAAGACGAAGUUAUGUGAACCAGAACCAAGUACCAUCAAACAGCAUGAAGUGAUAAAUUCCAGCUUUUUAGACUUAGCCAAGAGGCUUGAUCUGGAGCCUUACUAUCCAAGGAAGAUGGGUCAGGCAGAUUUCCAUCUGAUUUCCAAGACUUCUGUUCAUGACACUGAGCCAGACAAAGAGAAUCAGUUGCCAUUUUAUUUCCUACAGAAGCUAUUGAUGCUGGAUUGCAGACUUAGAUACUUGGUCUGCAAGAUAGAGGGAGACACAACUGGUCAGACCAGGACUCUCAGAAACUUUGAGGAUGACACUUCAGAUCCUUAUGAUGAUUUGUUUAAUGAUAGUGACACACCCUCUGCCCUCUUGACCACAGGCCAGCCCCACAUUCACCCAAUGGACAUCCAGAUGAUGAUUUUUCAUUGUGCAGAUGACUUCAUGAGACAAUACAUUUCUAACAAAUUUUCCAUCUGCCAAUUUGCUCUCCCUCUUGUGGUGCCCAAUCCCUCUACUUCUGUAAUAGAAUUCCCACUUUGGUCUUUCAGCCAAAUCAAGAGAAACUGGAGACAGAGAGAGAAAUCAGAGGGAGAAGACAAAUUCAUUAAUUUUAAUAACCAACUCAUCUUCCAAGUACCCAUCCCCAUUGUGUCUUUUAUAAGAGUUGUGAAUUCUGCUACUUCUUCCAAAUCUCAGAUCUUGAACUCUCUGUUGAGUAAGCACAAACAUGAUACUUUUUUCCACCGUCACUGCCGAGGAAGCAACAAAUCCUGCCUCUUGAUGGGAGGUGUGGUAGAAAUCUCCUGGUUCUUCCCAGGGGGAAGACCUGAGGACAGA